ACAACCAACAAACACACGCACCAGCAAGUCACCAGCAACCUCAGACAGAGGCCGGAUACUAAGGCGGAAAGGAAGGGAGCAGCGCAAAGUCAUUCUCUUUCUUACGAGAAAAUUUAAAGGAGGUCUUGAGUUCCUCAUUCCCAAGAGCAAAUGGAGAAGGCAGGGCGGUGCGACCAUGUGAUCGGGAUCCCAGUGAGCAACAGGGCUUUCGGUAUCGAGGAGCCGGAAUUCCCAAGCAAAGGGGCUACUUGCCAUGGCAACGCAAAGUAUUCGACGGCAAACACGCGUGCCAGCGGCAAAUCGGGCAGGGCGGGGGACAAGUUCGCUAAAGGCAUCAAAGAACAUGUGACUCUAGGCCCAAAGCUGUACGAUACAAUAAGAGGCAAGCUGUCGCUGGCUACGAGAGUCCUCCACGCGGGCGGCGUGGAGAACGUCUUCCGGCGGUGGUUCGCCGUCGAGGAGGGCGAGAAGCUCCUCAAGGCCUCGCAGUGCUACCUGUCCACCACGGCCGGCCCGAUCGCCGGGAUGCUCUUCGUGUCGACGGAGAGGGUGGCCUUCCGCAGCGACCGGCCGCUGGCGCUGACCUCCCCCAAGGGCGACACGGUGCGGGUGCCCUACAAGGUGUCCGUCCCGCUGACGAAGGUGAAGACGGCGAAACCGAGCGAGAACAAGCACCGGCCGGAGCAGAAGUACGUGCAGCUGGUGACGGAGGACGGUUUCGAGUUCUGGUUCAUGGGCUUCGUCGGCUACCAGGCGGCCCUGCAACAGCUCGAGCAGGCCAUCGCGCACGCGCAGCUGCGGUGAUCCCAUUGACCAGAAACACAAUGUGUUCGUUCGGGUUGGGCCUCGUGUCGUGUGGUCUGAUUGAUCUGUUGUGCAUAGGUGCGCCUGUGCAUAGGUGGUACAGUAGGUUAAUUUCCGGGUGGAUUGCUUGUCGUUUUUGGCAUUGGAGCAAGUCCGGUAGGUAUGUACAUGGUGGUACGUACUAGCAGAAAUUUAAUUUAGGGCUUGAUAUUCUUGAUGUUUGAGAAGCAUAUGUUGCACCGCCACGGCAAAAGUGGCAUCAUAUACAUGUGGUGUGCACUAGUUCAGUGCAAAAAUCACGAAGUGUGUUUGUUCAA